AUGGAGCGCGCAUACGCCAAACCAGGCGAUGAGGUUCUGCGCUUCUUCGACGUUGACCAGCGCACUGGUCUGAGCGAUGGACAAGUUAGAGCUGCAAGGUCGCGAUAUGGGAGAAAUGCUCUUCCCGAGGAGCCCCCAACACCUAUAUGGAAGCUCAUAUUGGAGCAGUUUAAAGAUCAGUUGGUAAUAAUAUUAUUGGUAUCUGCUGGUGUUUCGUUUGUUCUAGCUAUCAUGGAGGAUGGCGAGGGAUUAACUGCGUUUGUGGACCCUGCGGUGAUUCUCACGAUCCUUGUCCUGAAUGCUGUUGUCGGUGUCUCCCAAGAAAGCAGCGCCGAAAAGGCGAUCGCCGCACUGAACGAAUACUCUGCCAAUGAAGCCAAGGUCGUCCGGAAUGGACAUGUCAGCAAGAUCCGCGCCGAAGAACUAGUUCCUGGUGACAUUGUCGAUAUCGCUGUUGGAGACCGCAUUCCCGCAGAUUGCAGAGUUCUUUCUAUCCAAAGCAACAGUUUCCGCAUUGACCAGGCCAUUCUUACGGGUGAAAGUGAAAGUGUCAGCAAGGAUGUGCAUGAGGUAAAUGAUGAGAAGGCUGUCAAGCAGGAUCAAGUCAACAUGCUUUUCUCGGGAACUACUGUUACGGUUGGACACGCUAGAGCUAUUGUAGUCUUGACUGGAAAUUCAACUGCUAUCGGAGAUAUCCACACCAGCAUCACGUCUCAGAUCUCGGAACCGACACCACUGAAACAAAAGUUGAACGACUUUGGAGAUGUUUUGGCGAAAGUUAUUAUGAUUAUCUGCAUCGUUGUCUGGCUCAUCAACAUCGGAAACUUUAAUGAUGAAGCUCAUGGUGGAUGGUUGAAGGGAGCAAUCUACUAUCUUAAGAUCGCUGUUUCUCUCGGUGUUGCUGCUAUUCCGGAAGGUCUUGCUGUUGUUAUCACCACCUGCCUUGCUCUAGGAACCCGUAAAAUGGCUGCCAAGAACGCUGUUGUCAGAAGCUUGCCUUCGGUUGAAACUUUGGGAAGCUGCAGUGUUAUCUGUUCCGAUAAGACAGGAACCUUGACCACCAACCAAAUGAGCGUAUCCAGGGCCGUUGUCAUCUCGGAAUCCCAGACGGAGCUUGAAGAUCUUAUUAUUGAAGGUACUAGCUUCUCACCUGUUGGAGCCAUCAAGAAUGCCCAGGGACAUGUUUUGGAAUCGGUCGCCGCCCACUCAGUUACAAUUCGCAAGCUCGCGGAGGUCGCAGCAAUGUGCAACGGCUCAGAGCUUUCCUAUGAUUCCAAGACACAGACGUUCUCGAACGUUGGUGAACCUACGGAAGGAGCUCUUAGAGUCUUGGUUGAAAAGAUUGGCACCCCUGAUCCGAUUCUCAACCUCCAAAACUCGCGCAAACCCCUCGGUCAACGUCUCGAUGAAGCCAACAGGUACUACGAAUCUCAAUGCCCCAAGCUUGCCACAUACGAGUUCUCCCGUGACAGGAAGAGCAUGUCUGUCUUGUCUGGUGAUCGCAACGGUCAGCGCCUGUUGGUUAAGGGAGCUCCGGAAUCUGUCAUGGAAAGAUGCACCCAUACUUUCGUUGGAUCAAGUGGGACUAGGGUUCCCCUCAGCCACAAGACUCGUGAACUUCUCAACACAAAACUCACUGAAUAUGCUUACAUGGGUCUCCGUGUUAUCGCUUUUGCCACUAUCGACGACAUGUCCGGGAACCCAUUGACACGCUCGGCCAAAACCACCAGGGAGUACGCUCAACUCGAACAAAACAUGACUUUCAUCGGACUCGUUGGAAUGUUGGACCCCCCUCGCCCGGAAGUCGCUGCGUCAAUCAAGAAAUGUCGUGAUGCUGGUAUUCGUGUUGUCGUUAUCACCGGAGACAACAAGCAAACCGCGGAAACCAUCUGUCGUCAAAUCGGAAUUUUUGGAGAGCACGAAAACCUCACCGGCAAGAGUUACACUGGACGUGAAUUCGAUGCACUUAGCGAUGCGGAACAACUCGAGGUCGCGAAAAGGGCUAGCUUGUUUUCUCGUACUGAACCCACUCACAAGUCAAAGUUGGUCGACCUUCUUCAGAACGCUGGCGAGGUUGUUGCUAUGACUGGUGACGGUGUAAAUGAUGCUCCGGCUUUGAAGCGUGCGGAUAUUGGUGUUGCUAUGGGAAGUGGAACUGAUGUUGCCAAGUUGGCUGCUGAUAUGGUUCUCGCCGAUGACAACUUCGCUACUAUUGAGCUUGCUAUCGAGGAGGGAAGGUCUAUUUACAACAACACCCAACAGUUCAUCCGCUACUUGAUAUCAUCCAACAUCGGUGAAGUCGUAUCAAUCUUUUUGACUGCGGCAGCGGGCAUGCCCGAGGCUCUUAUCCCCGUUCAGCUCCUUUGGGUCAACUUGGUCACUGAUGGUCUCCCCGCCACUGCUCUCUCCUUCAAUCCUCCUGAUCAUGACAUCAUGCGCCGCCGCCCCCGUGGCCGCGACGAAGCUCUUGUCACUGGAUGGCUUUUCUUCCGUUACAUGGUUAUUGGUGUCUAUGUUGGUGCCGCUACAGUGUUUGGUUACGCUUGGUGGUUCAUGUACAACACCGAGGGCCCCCAAAUUACCUUCUACCAACUCUCUCACUUCCACCGAUGCAGUGUUCAGUACCCCGAAAUUGGCUGCGAGAUGUUUAGCAACACUAUGUCGAGGACAGCGAGCACCAUGAGUUUGAGCAUCUUGGUUGUUAUUGAGAUGUUUAACGCCAUGAACGCCCUGUCAUCAAGCGAAAGUUUACUUACCUUGCCACUGUGGAAGAACAUGAAGCUUGUGUAUGCCAUCACGUUGAGUAUGGCAUUGCACUUUGCAUUGUUGUACACUCCUAUCCUACAGACGCUUUUCUCAAUUGUGCCCCUUAACGGACACGAGUGGAAGGCAGUUAUCUAUAUUUCAUUACCAGUAAUUUUCAUAGACGAAGCUCUUAAGUUUGCAGAGCGGAGAAUAUACCUCACCGCCCCUGUCAACAAGACCAAGAGCGAAUAA